CCGCCGCCCGCCACACGCCGCACGCCGCACGCCGCCGCCCUGCGCCGCGCCGCCCGCCACCGCCUACUCCCCAGCUCCCUGGUCCGGUCGCCCUCCGUCGCCUACUCCCCUCCCACUCAAUCCCCACCAACGGCUGGCCGAGCAAUGGCGCACACAGUGGAGCCGAGAUCCCCCCGCUGAGCGAGCCAGCGGAUCCCCGGAUCCGCGCCGCCGGCCGUCCGUCCCGCAGUUAAGAAACUAAUUCAAUCAACUAAUGCUGUUUAUUUUUAUUAAGGUACUAGUUUUAUACCCAUUGUCAUCCUGUUAGACAUUUCUUUUGCGUGAUGUUUGCUCAUUUAAUGGCAUUUUCUAUAGACAUGGGGUAACACAUAGCACAAAACUUGAACGCAGCCAUUUUCUGCAUUUUUAAUUUCAGAUGUUCUCUUGUUAUGUGACCACUGUUCGAAUCUAUAGAGUUUGGACCUUCUGUGCAUGUGCACUACGUUCAAUAAUUGGCACAACUGCACAGCCAUGCUAUGUCUUGCUAAAUACUUAUUGCAUUUCUUCUGCUGGGAUAUAGCAAUGUCUUUUCAUAUAGGUGGCUUAUAAGGAACUUAUCAGUAUCUUUCAGUUGUAAUAUACUAAUAUCUGCCUUUGUCUUGCCAAUCCAUCUCACACUCUGCUAGUUAAUAGUUGAGAUCUGCCUUUUCAUCUACCCUCUAUUGGUCAGAUUCCUUGCAGCCUUUAUUUAAGCAUGUGGAGUCAGGAUCAGAGAUCCGUGAGAAGAUUAUUUGUUUUCUAAGAGACAAGGUACAUACCUGUCAGGAUCUUGAUUCACAAUUCAAUGUAAGUAGCAAUCUAAACAGUAUUGGAACUAAAUUUACUGUAUGUUGAUAUUUAAUGUUACCUGAGCUUCUUAUAUUGAAGUUCAACCAUGUGAACUUGAGCUAUGCUUGGGGAAAUUUUAAAAUACUUAAUCAUUGCACUGAAGGUACUGAUUGUACAUUUACAUUGCUAACUUGCAUCCAGCUAAUACCUCGAGAUUUUACUUGAGGGGGGAUGGAGGCCACAAGUGGAAUUAUUGGGAGAAUAUGGGGGAAAUCACUUAUAUCAAGGGAGAGGUGCAUCAAGCAGCAAGUUCUUAAUUACUUUGUCAAGCAAAUUGUUCCAGCUUUUGAGAAGAUUCCUGAAGAAAAGAAACUGGAUUUGCUCAAGACUAAUGCUGCAAGUUCACCAUAUGCUGCAGCACAAGAUUCUGUACAAUUACAACACUGUUAUAUCUUUGUUGAUUAUAAAUGACUCUAUGUAGAACUUUGAUGUGUUUUUAUAUGGCUGCCUAUAACUUGAGGUCAUGUUGUAACUUGUUGUAUAUGAUUGUACUAUGUUGUAUAAUUUUUCUGUAAUUUUUUCUAUAUUUUUGGUGCUUUAUAUAA